ACGGUAGCUGGAAAGGACCACUCCGCUCCGCUAGUGUGUUCCGCGUUGUGUUAUCACGUGUGUUGUUAUUCAUAAAACAAGUUAGCCAUACAUUUUGUGUUGUUUUCUUUUAAAUUUCUUGAGUUCACCAUCUGAAAAUGAGUUCAGAGUUAGAUGAGGACUGUUUGUUUCUGGAGCGGGUUCUGGAUUCACUUUAUGAGUUUGGAUCAGAAACAAAAAAGAAGCUCAAAACCCAAAAGAAGAAAAAACGAAAACAAUGUGAAGAAGAAGAAGAAAAACUUCAUGCAGUGAAGAAAACCUGCAGCGACGAUGAAGGCAGCAGAAAUGCUGAGAUUCAGCAACCAAACAUCGAACUGAAAGAUUCAAAUGUCCAGCUGCAGAACAAAGUGGAGGUUGUCACAUUUCAGGAUCCCAGGAAGAAAAUCAAAACCAAACUGUCUCCAGUCUCAACCAGGAUCCCAGUUAAAUCACCACAGGACUCUCGGCAAGCAGAGCAGGAACAAAUCAGCCAGGAAGAACAGCUCAGUUUGGAAAAGGCUCGGCUGGAGGUCCAUCGGUUUGGAAUAACGGGCUACAGGAAGGAGCAGCAGCGCGUUUUUGAGCAGGACAGAGCCAUAAUGCUGGGAGCCAGGCCUCCAAAGAAGGAGUACGUGAACUACAAGGUGCUGCAGGAACAAAUCAAAGACAAGAAGCAGAAACAAAGUGAGGCGCUUCAGCCGGACAAGAAGAAAAAGAAGAAGAGUAAUCAAAGAGACAAAAAGAAACAACCAGCCUCUGGUUCUGGUUCUGGUUCUGGUCAGGUGGGUCAGUUCAAGAACGGCAUGCUGAUCCUCAGUUCGAAGGAGAUCCAGAAAAUCAAAGGCAAAAGGUAAGAACAGGUGGGAUUAAUCCAAUGGAGCAGGACAGAAAUGGCAGCAGACUGGAGGAGGGAGUUAGUCAGUGAAACAAUCCAGACUUCCUGAUACGACACUGACCUGUAGCAGCAGCUGGAAUGAUUCAAGAGUCAGACAUCUUGAGCAGGGAAUCGUGGCCAGACCUAAACAUGCCAACACAAAGAGACUUGGGCAUAUUAAUUUCAGACCCCACUUUAUUUAUUUCCCUUCUUAUAAAGUACCCAAAAAGGAGACAAAGCUGUUUCUUUUAUUUUUCAUGUUUAGGUUUGAAAAAGUAUGGAGUUGACUCUUGUGUUUUUAUCAUUUACAAACAAUGUAGUCGUACAAAACAUUUACAUUGGCAGCAGGGGACAACUAGAGGACAAAAUUGAGGUAAUAAAAAAGAAAAAGUUACGCAUUUUCUUUGAUGAAUAAAUAUAUAUACACAACAAGAGACAGCAGAACCAAAAGCAGUUUUUCUAACACUCAAGCCUGAAUUUACAAAGCUCGUCUCCAGCCUCACCAGGCUUCAGAAGUAAAGACUUGAUGUUGAAGGGACGAUGUGAAAGUUGAUGA